AUGGUAAAAAGCAUGGAAGUUACUCAGUACGGUAUCCAGGAGCUAUACCGUCCGGCAGACGAGCCAGUUGAAGUUGAGGUUUUACAACAUGCGCAGACAUUAGUUUCUCAGCUGGAGUCUGACAGGGAUCUCGAAGAUGCAGCGCAAAGACCCAUCAUCUUUGCCUUGGCAUACGCAGAGAGCCGAUCCAAGCUCGCUCAUGUCCAUUCAAUUUUCACCUGUACAUUUGCUAUCAUCUUCUUCGGUACCCCACAUCACGGAUCAAACAAAGCCAGCCUUCUUGGUAGUCUCCAAAAGAUGGCGUCAUUUUCCAUUCCAAAAACCGUGAUUGAAUUUGAAUCUGGGCUGGUCAACGCACUCGAAAAAGAAUCUGAAGUACUGCAGAAUAUCACGGACCAAUUUGCCCCAUUGAUGCCAAAUUUCCGCAUUUUUUUCUUUUGGGAGCAGGAGAAGACUGACUUCAAAUACAAAAGAGAUUAUGUUGUGGACGAAACGAGUGCAGCACCAAUUCUCGACAACACAGAAAGAUGUGGCAUCGGCGCAGAUCAUCAGGGAAUGUGCAAGUUCCAAAGUCCUGCUGAUCAAGGAUAUAGAACUGCAGUGGCAGCACUACGUCGCUAUGUUCGAGAGGCACCUGAUGUGAUUCAGAGAAGGUGUCAAAGGGCCGCAAAUCUGCAACGAGAUGAAAAAUUUCUUGAAGCUUCAGAGCUCUUGGGAAAGACUCAAACUCGUGUUUUGGCUCCCUGUCAACCCGUUUUACGUUCUUCAGAAACCGCAUUUGGUAUCUACCGGGAACAAGUCGACGAUCCUCAGACCAAUGCGCGGCCCAACCAUGGGAGUUCAUGGUUCUAG